GAGGACAGAAGGAAUCAUGCUGCUUUUUUCCAGUCACCGGCAAAUGGCAAAAGACUCGCAGCAUUCACACAUCUUCCGUACGGAUCUGAAAUAGGCACGUCCCCAAGAUGAGCCGGUGGAAUCCUGCUGUUGUGUGGUUAUUCAUGAUUGUAACUGCUUGCUUUGCCGCUGAUGAAGAUCCAUGUGAUUUGAAAGCUAUACAGACGUGUCUUGUUACAAUGACUAAUUUGACUCACUUAGUUGAAGGAUACUUCCUCCACCCCCUCAGUAAAUCAGAAUUGAAAGAAAACUGUGAAGCGAACAAAGAAGCAAUUACAUGCGCUGAAAAUUUGAUCUCACAAUGUGUAACUCUCGGUCAACAACGGCUGUUCGAUACUGUAAUUAGUGGCAAAAUCAAAUUGGUGGAAGAGAUAUGCACAGAAGAUUCCCGCUUGAAUAAUGGCUUCUUCAGCAAUAUUGACUGCUGGGAGAAAAUAAGAAAUGAUACCUUGUUCUGCAACGAGAAAUUUGAAGAAGCUCAAAGAGUUCUACAGGAUCAAUCCGAUCUCAGGGUUAGGACGUUCCAUAGUUGUUGCUCCUUCGACUGGCACAGACAAUGCAGAGUGAAAGCUGCUCAAGUUAAAUGCAACUGUGACGCUGCUGAACUCGUUGAUUAUGCUUCUACGUUAUUGGGAGAUCAUACUCUACGGAAACUGUGUGAAAACUCAUAUUCCAGCUGUUAUGGUGUUCUUUAUGGUGUAGAUGUGGAAGAUCUAGAUGAAAGAUAUGGUGCAUAUCGACAUUACACAAGCAAAAGCAACAUUUUGGACUCUCCAGUUUCAUUGCUUUUAUCCAUUAUAAGUGGAGUUUAUUUUUAUGUACAAUAAACCUGAUUUGCAUUUA